UAAACGUAAUUUCAAAAAUUUUAAAAUUCAUUAAAAUAAUACAGUGAUCAUUCGUAUUUGAGCGAAAUGAAAGCUGAGGAGGUUAUUUGAGUCCAUUUCCCGAACACGUUCACCUCGUUCUCAAGAAUUUUCGAGAGUUCAGCUUUCAACAUCAGUACCGUGUGAAAUGUUCGUAGAAUUUUCCAAUGGAAGUCUGUGGACAAGCUCCGCAGAAGUCAAUUUGCCAACCGCAGAAGCAUGUAUGAUUUCCACUAUUAAGAUUCAAAGAAAUCGCUGUAGAUGGAUUUCUCUACAACCUCAUGGCUUCGUCACUCUUCUCCACGUUUUGCUCCCUUUCUCUACUCCUCCUUGGCGCUUUGAUUUCUGCAGGUUUCAGAAUAAUAGGAUCAAAGUCUGGAAAUAUGGCGAUGGCGAUGGCAAUGGCGAUUGACGAAGUGGAUUCCAUGGCACUUUUACCGCUUGGAUCUGUCUCUGGCAUUGGCAGCUUCAUUCGACUUCCUCAAUGCGGUGGCCCUCGCCCCACUGUUGAAACUGUACAAGCCGUUGGUGUUUGCUAUAGCAGCAUGGGAGACAAUUUACCAGAGCCUGGAGAAGUCGUCCAACUAUACAAAAGCUAUGGCAUAAAAAGGAUGAGGAUUUAUGAUACAAACAAAGCUAUAUUAAAUGCUCUUCGAGGAUCGAACAUAGAAGUCGUUGUAGGUAUCCCGAAUAAUGACCUCCAACGUGUUGUUAAUCUUUCUUCCGCAGAAAGCUGGGUCCAAAGGAACAUUCAAGCCUACAUUCCCCACGUCAAUUUUCGAUACGUUACUAUUGGAAAUGAAGUGCGGCCGUCCGAUUCUUUUGCUGGUUAUGUUCUACCGGCCAUGAGAAACAUUUAUAGUGCAAUUUCAGCAGCCAAUUUGCAGGAUCAAAUGAAGGUCUCCACAGUAAUAUCCACAGUCUUGCUGGGGGCUUCCUAUCCUCCAUCUGCAGGCUCGUUUAGGUCCGAUGCUCGUGAAUUUAUAGAACCAAUUGUCAGCUUUCUGGCUAAGAAUGGCUCACCACUUCUGGCUAAUUUAUAUCCCUACUAUUCAUAUAUCAGUAACAACAGGGAUAUCACCCUUGACUAUGCUUUGCUAUACGAUUACAAUUUCCCAACUGUUGUAGAUGGCAAUUUGGUGUACCACAACCUUCUUGAUGCAACAGUCGAUGCUCUUUAUGCAGCUCUCGAGAAGUCGGGUGGAGCCAAUUUUUCGAUUGUGAUAUCAGAGAGCGGUUGGCCGUCGGGUGCAGGCACCAAUACUGUAGUUGAGAAUGAAGUUGCAGGAACAUACUAUAGAAAUUUGAUUAGGCAUGUUCAGAGUGGGAGUCCAAGAAGGCCUGGAAGAGCUAUCGAAACGUAUUUGUUUUCUAUGUUUGAUGAAAAUUUGAGGCCUUCUGAAACGGAGAAACAUUUUGGUUUAUUCACACAUGAUAUGAAACAAAAGUACCAACUUAGUGUCAGUUAAAGGAAAAGGUCGAUUAGUCGACUCGAAUGUAAGUUUAAUAUCAUAUAAUGAUGUCUACUGUGAACUGUUUAACCAAUGCUCGCGGCUGAUUUCUCAUCUUUUUAAGGUAUGGCUUUGUUAUUGUAA